ACAACCGAAGUAAACAACAAAGAUGGCGUCUGACCUAGGUAGAGCAGUGUAGAGAUGAAUAUGAUUUAAAGGACAAAUAAGGGUCUAGGGGCUAAAUUGUGAAGGAAUACCCGUGCUAGUUGGGUAAGGAAGUUGAUAACCAAUUGAAACAGAUAGGGUUGACCACCGACAGCCAUGGAUAAGCUGGGAAAACGAGGAGGGGCGCGCUGGCACUGGUCUCCCGGUGAGAUCUAAAAUCUUGGACACAAAAGUAAACGGUAAAUAACAUCAAGUUCUGACAAGGCGGGGUGCCUAACAAUAUACAUUAUAAGAACAUCGAAUAUGCAGCAUAUAGUUGCAGACUUCAAACAUGAGGAAUUAUACAAGCGACAACGACGACAUCCUUGAACGGACCAGAUACGAUAUAUUCCGGCAUUUACUUCCAGUGAUUAUAUGCAUGAUACUGUUUGGUGUCGCCGGCAUUGUCGGGAAUAUCCUCACCUUCAUAUUCUACACCUACAAGUCAAAGCGGUCCUCCACAGUCAUGCUGAUUGCAUGUUUGGCAAUUGUAGACCUAGUAGUGUGUGUCCUAUUUAUUCCAAACAUUAUAGAGAUGUGGGUGAAUGUGAAAUAUACCUCGAGUUUCAUGUGCAAGUUUGCACAUUUCGUUGGCCUUUGGACAGUUGCUUCUUCUGCUUUGAUACUUUGGGUCGUGGCUAUUGACCGACACAGAAAAAUAUGUAGCCCGUUUGGAAAGCAGAUGACACUAGUUACAACAAAGUACGCUGUCAUUGCUAUUAUUGUCUUUGGAUUUGCCCUAUCUGUGAGAAACUUUGCAAACUAUGACAGUGUUGAGGUUAAUGUGAAAGAAAAUGAUUUGAAUAUUACUAUACAGGGGCAUUAUUGUACGACAACGGAUGAUGACAAGUACACAGUCAGUGUUGCAGUAUUCACUAUCAUUGACUUUCUGCUAGUAUUAAUGAUUUGUCUGACAUUAGCCGUCGCUUAUUCUCACAUCAUUUACACCAUAUUUAAGUUAAAGAAGACAAGGAAGAGAUUACAUCCAAAACCAAAAGUUAUUGAAAUGGAAAUCAGUACUCCAUCACAUGAAGCUCAAAGUCAAGAUGAAAUAAGUACCAAACAACCAACAUCAGACAAAGAUGAAAAUGAAAAACGCAAAGUCAGUUCUAGUUCUUAUGUAGAUGGUAAACAGAUAUCAGAUUUAGAUAUUUCUACAGAAGACAGUCGACAGAGUGUUAUGUCAAAUGAUGCUGCUACACGGACAAGUUCUAGUGUACAAGAUUCAGGACCAAGCGAUGAAUAUCCCAGUGAUUGUCCAUCUUUACGCGAUACUGGACAUUUACAAGAUGAAGUAACUUUGUCAUCAGGCAGUCAUUCUAAGUCUACAUUUCAAAAAAUAUUCAAUGGACAUAAACAGCCUAAAAGAUACAACUCUGCUAAAUGCGCUGUUGAAAGAAACUUGACUUUCAAGAUGCUCGCGGUAUCGAUAGUGUUCAUAGUUUGUUUCACGCCGUAUUUCAUUGUAAAAAUCCUCAUGCGAGAGGUGCUGAAAACGGGAGAAGAGUAUGAACUAAAUUUAUUAGCUCAGAUUUCAUUGCGACUUCCAUACAUGAACAGUGUGUUUAACCCAGUAGUUUACUGUGCAUUCAAUCCCCAGUUCAGACUGUACAUAAAAAGUUUUUUUUUUUUGGCUUAGUUUUUAACUGUAUCCGCAAUGUAUAGUAAAAUUAUUCAGAUCGUGAAAUAUGAGUACCAGAAGGGUUGGUCUAGAGUGAAUUGGACUUUUCUUCUUAUAAAUUCAUGAAGCAAGAUAGCGCAUUGAAAAUUGUGCAGAAUAUAUUUUCAUAUACUAUCUAUGCACUGUUUGCCAUUGCCCUCAGAUACCCCCUUUCCCAUUGUUCAAGUAACAAAUAAACGGUGAAGCAGGACACAUAUGUAUAUGAUUUAUAUUGAAAACUUGAAACAUAAAUAAUAAUUAAAGUAAUACAUUAGUUUUUUAUCAAUAGUAAAAGGGUUAUUCAUUUAAGAUCACCCAGCAUCUUCAACAACUCCACUUCAUAUAUACACAACAAUGAUUUAAAAGUUAUUCAUUUCAACAGUCGUUUGUACAGAUUAUGCGUGUGUAGUUUCGUGUGCGCAAAGUUUAUUGUUAAUCUUUACAUACAUAAGAAAACAACAUAAAUCUCACCUGGAUACUUGUACAUAUGGUAUUACUGUGAAAAUGAAGUUUGUCGUCUACAUCACCGAUACGUUAUAUCAAACGCCCGUGUAUAGAAUGAACAAAUAUGUGUUGGACGUUACUGAAAUGUCAUGUGCAUAUUAAAUAAAAAAAUAUCUACUGGUUUUAAGUCUUUUAAUAAUUUGUGGAUUGUUUUACAGUAUUUGUACAUUAAAUUUUCUUAUAUGUAAUAAAUAUGUAAAAUUUA